AUGGCGGCUGACGGGGGGGCUGACAUCAUGCCCGACCUCUCGCACCUGACGGAGGACGAGCGGCGAAUCAUCGAGAGUGUCAUGCACAGGCACAAGAUCGAGGAGGAGAGGGAGAGCGAGCUCGUCAGGAGAACACAAGAUGAGGUCCGAGUGCUUGAAGACACGAUCCGUCUGCGCUCAGAAAUGCAGCUUAAAAAGGGCAUGGAAUUAGAGGCGACGUGCCAGAUAUGCCUCAAGACCAAAUUUGCUGAUGGAGUGGGCCACAUGUGCAACUACUGCAACAUCCGGUGCUGCGCCCGCUGCGGUGGCAAAGUCUCCCUCAGGUCAAACAAGGUCAUCUGGGUGUGCAUUCUGUGCAGGAAGAAGCAGGAGCUGCUCAUCAAGACCGGCACGUGGAUGACGUCAGGCCCCGGGCUAGGUGAGCCUGGGGGGCCUCGGAGGGAGAAACACUACCACAGGGACUAUCGGCUCCCAAAGGAUGAAAUUCGGGACUAUGGGUUAGGGAACCAUCGGGACCUGGAGUCCUUCCCAAGGGACUUGGCAGACAAGUACAGGGACAGAUAUAAUCAAUACCUAAACAGGCUAGAAAGAACUCACCAUAACCAAGUUAGUGAAGACUAUUGUGAUAAUAGGGCUACCGAUAGUAGAAAUUACACGGAAAGAAGAAAGAAAACGGUGCGCUUUAACUCGGAAGGAUGGGACACGCUGGACGAGGACAUGGAGCCCAGCGUGGACCCGCGGUGGACUAGUGCCUCUAGUGUUUAUUACGAGGAUGACCUCCCGCGACCUCCCCCGAUGGGGGGCGUCGGGAUGACCCGUGACCCGGCUGGGCCCCGGCGCGGCCUCCCCUGGUCGGGCGGCCGGGAGCCCUCCUUCCCCGCAGCCCGCAAGGAGCUGUGGGAGGUGGAGCGGCAAGAAUCACAAGACUCACAGACCAAAGAUAGCGGUAUUGACUCUGGUACAAGUAGUAACUUUAACUCCAGUGAGGACUCGAGCAAGGGAGAAGUGCCCAGAGUGUACAGACACCCAGUCUCGUGGCAGCCUAGCCAGGACGGAACGCGUAUGAUCGGGCACAUGAUUCUCAACAAGUACAUCAAGGGCGAGGUCGGGCCAACCUUCAGCGCCGCCAUUCUCGGCCUCAAGGUGGGCGGCGGCCAGAUCCUCGAGAGCGGGAAGAUCGGCGCUCUCAUUGAGAAAGUCAAGAAGGGGAGUAUAGCGGACACAGUGGGGCACCUCAGACCAGGCGACGAAGUUCUAGAGUGGAACGGACGCUCCUUGCAAGGGAAGACCUUCGAGGAAGUGUACGACAUCAUCUCCGAGUCCAGACAGGAGCCGCAGGUGGAGCUGAUCGUGUCCCGCCAGCUGUCCGACGUCGGCCGUCAGCCCACGCGCCGCUACACCGUCGGCGGCCUCGCGUCCAGAGGUGGGUGUUCGCCUGUGGGUGUCUAUGACCCGCGACGGGUGUCCGAGCCGGGGCGGGACCGCAGGCCCAGUGUCACCAUCACCUCACCUGGCUCUCCGGAGACCUAUCGGAUAAGAAGCCAUUCCCCUUCGAUCUCGGGGAAGCUACAGCUCAAGCUAUGGUUCGAGCCGGCCAACCAGCAGCUCGUGGUGACCAUCGUCAGCGCCGUGGACCUUCCUCCCAGAGCCACGGGCCACCCCAGGAACCCCUACGCCAAGAUGUUUCUUCUUCCGGACAGAAGUGAGAAGUCUAAACGGAGAACGAAGACCAUAGCCAACAGCCUGGACCCGCGCUGGAACCAGACCUUCAUCUACUGCCCGCUGCGCCGCGCCGAGCUCAAGUCCCGCUCGCUCGAGAUCACGGUCUGGGACUACGAUCGCUACGGCGCCAACGACUUUCUCGGCGAGGUGGUGGUGGACCUGAACGCGGCGCCCCUGGAUGACGAGCCUGAGUGGUACUACCUUUCAUCCCACGAAGAUGCUCUCCCGCCACACAUGCGUCGCAGCAUGUACGUGGACACGGAGUCAGCGUCGACCAACCCCUCGACGGACCACCUGUCCCCCCCUUCCACUACCUCUCGUCUUAGCGAGUCCGACAUGAGCGACCUUGACCUUGAAGACUCACUCCAUCGAGAACGACGGACCGACGGCGCCUCCAUCAGCAGCGUGGGCUCCUCCUCCAGCCCGCCGCCUGAGGACCGCCAGAUGGUCUUCAUCUCCGGCCUGGACCACCGCUCGCGGCGAGACACCACCUCCCCUCCCGGGCGUCGACGCAUCGCUACCAUCGUGGGACGCGAAGACCUCAGAUACCGCUCCAAGGACCUGGGUCUUCCCACUCACUCCCCCCGCGCCCGUAGCCAGUCCGCGGCGCCCACAGACUCGCCUUCUCUGCACGUGUCUCGCUCACGCAGCAAGUCUCCUCGACGCGCGCCCGAGCAGCCCGCUAGUCGCUCCCUCUCCCCUCCCGAGGCCAGGCCGGGCUACGGAGGGUCCGGAAGGAUGCCAUCUCGGAGUGCCACCGCGACGCCCACGGGGUCACCCAAGAAGCGGCAGUUGCCCCAGAUCCCAUCGGCGCUCCAGCUCUCCUCCAGGGACAAGGUCACGCAGGACCUCGAGGAGCGAGCGAGGCAGAUGAAGAUGAGGAUGCGGCAGAUGCAGUCCUUCAGGCCCGGAGGCUCUGGCUCCGACUCAGAACUGGGCAUGAGGACCCACGACAGGUACUACCGGGGCCGGGGCGGUCUCGUCUCGCCCGAGAGGGACCCGGAGCGCGACUGCGGGGACUCUGUCAGCGACAUAGAGAGCGUUGUUAGUGCCUUCUCCACCCAGAGCGAAAGGCCGCGUGGGACCAGGAAGUUUAGUAGGCGGCACCUAAGUAGCUUGAAGAGCCAAAGUCACGCCCAAAGCUAUGACGUCACAUUCGACGAUCCGACAAUCCUAUCUGACCUUGACCGUGACUAUGACCUCGGCCGUAAUAUCUCUUGUAGUUUACUAGACACGGUCCACCCCCUAGGCAGUCCUCUCCGCCGUGCACCUGUCCUCCGGAGGUCACUUUCCAUGGGUGUGUCUCCCGCAGUUUCUAGGAGCGCACCAUCCCUCUCGGUGCGGCCUCGUCAACAACCACGGACGCACCUCAUAAGGAGCAACACAAUGGUGAGUGCUCCUCCUCCACCUCGCACUCGCCAUUGCCUACAGAAGAGCCACAGUCUAGGAGAGAAUGAUAAACAUUGGCUCCUCCACCAUGAUCCUGACCUAUUAAUGGACCAUUGGGAUGUAAGGGACCAAGGCCACAGGGCUCGCUCAAGGUCACUUACUAGGGAUGACCUAGUGUUGCGGUCACAUCCUAAGAAGACUGUGACCUAUGAAGACGAAGUUUUAUCUAAGCACAGGGUCCAAGGACCUGCUAGGAUUUCAAGAAGCUCACUCUCAAUUGAUAAAUCAGUGCCUUAUGAAUCAGAUCUAGAGGUAAGGGAACACGUGUCGGACACGUUCAGACGGAAGCCCAGGGCACAACCUGAGCGUGAAGUCUACAGUGAUGCUCAGAAUUCUGAUAUCUCCAACGGAGAGACUAAUCGGAGUUUAUAUCGUAGACGAAGUUCAGCCCGACUUGUGGACGGGCACAGUGCAGGGACCUACUACGGGUAUGACUCCGAAUACAGCGGAGCGGAGACAGAGGUGUUCCUCUCAGAUAGGUCAUUAGACAGAUCCUGCAGCUUAGAACAUGUGGAACAGAGAAAACCAGAGAUUAGACGAGACAUAGAAAAGCGACCCAUUGAUCAACCAAGACGUAUGACAAUAGAGAGGGUUGAUGAAUUCUUUCCUACUUCAAUCCAAUCAGUAAGAGAAGGGUCAAGCCAAACUUUGCCUAGAGCAAGGCGUCAUUCUGGGAUUACACAGCCUCGAAAAACAUUUAUGAGGGCCAAUACAGAGAGUUCUCUUCUAUCAGGUCCAAGUAGGAAUAUAGAACGCGAGGUAAUGUGGAGGCCUUCUAGAGAAGACCCAGAGGCAUUAUAUCGAGUUCCUCUUCGUGAGUCAAGUGUCUCAGAACCACCAUUAGAAGCUGCAAGAAGUCUUCAUAGUAAUCCAUCUCUGGCACAUGUUUUUGAUGGAAGUGGACCACCUAGUAAAUACGAGGCUUAUGGUUCUGACGAAGUGUUUGCUCCUGUGGAGCAGAGAAGACAAGAGCCACCAAGACCAGUAGACGAGAGGGGUAGAUAUCCAAGUGAGGCACCGCAUGAGUACGAUAGAAAUUAUAGGCGUGACAGUAGAUUGGUGCCAGAAGCAGAGGGAUAUAUUGAUCAAGAUGAGAGAUACAGAGCCCCAGCCAUUGAAGAUAAGGAUAGAUAUCCAGACCGAGGUCACAGCGAUGAUGAAAGAUACAGGAAUAAAGAUAGGUAUAGAGAUUUUGGGCCUCCUGAAAAAGAAAGGUAUAGAGAACAAAUACCAAUGGAAAAAGAGAGGUACAUAGAACAGGUGCCAGCUGAUAUAGAAAGAUGUAUAGUGCAAGGAACAGUGGACCAGGAGAGGUACAGAGAUCAUGAACUUAUGGAGAAGGAUAGAUAUGUAGAACAAGUACCUAGGGGCUUAGAGAGGUAUAGAGAGCCUAUUGUGGUAGAGCAGGAAAGAUUCAGAGAUGAAGAUCCAUAUAGAGAUCAAAAUGUUGGAGACCAUGAUCGCUACCGAGAACAAGGAGCCAUAGAAAAGGAUCGAUAUAGACGAAGAAGUUCAUGUAUUGAUGACAGGCCUAGAGCUUCCAUAGACCAGGGAAGAUACAGAGAAGUGGGGGAUCUGGAACAAGAAAGAUACAGAGAAAAUAUAGGACAGGAAAGAUACCGGGAACACAUAGAACAGGAAAGAUAUCGGGAACAUCCAGAACAGGAAAGGUAUUUAGACCCAGUGGAACAUGGGCGAGGCUAUCAGCGUGGUCCCCCUCCACCACCACCACAAGAAUACAACGGCCAAGUGGAUGAUAGACGCUGCUACGAUAGUCCAAGAAGAGAUGGAAAAGAACGAUAUGAUAUUGUGUAUGAUGACCGUGAGCAUCAGUAUGGAGAACAGUAUGAACAUGAGAGUCCAAGAAUGAGGGACCCUCGCUACCAGCAAGAUCCCAGAAGCCAACGGUUCCCCCCUAGUGGUCACGACCCAAACUUCGCUUACCAUGAUCCCCAUAGACCACAUGACCGACGCGACACAGCUUCUCACCAGCACACUCCGCACCCUCACAACCCUGCUCAUGCACACGCCCACCCCACUAACACCAUCCACGCCCAACCCUCUAACACCCACCAGACUUAUGCAGACCCAUCCUCCUAUUCUGUAGCUGAGACUGAUCCUAUGUACCCUGCUGACACAGACAUUGUAGUAGAUGACGAGAACCCUGACCAAGACAGACCCUUAACCCCCCGAGUUCGCCACAGUUCCUCCGUUAGUAUUAAUGAGCACCCUGAGUACUUUGAAUUUGACGCCAAUAGUCCCCCUAGUACGGAGCCUCGCGCAGACGCUGAUGUAGACCCUUCUUCUAACCCUGCUAGUGAGUUUAGCCAACGGGAGACCGCAUACGGAUCCAUGGGCGUGAACUACGGCGGAACAAGUAAGCGGGGUCAGCUGGGCAGGAGCCGGUCCACCAGCGAGGUCCCCGAGACAGAAAAAACUGAGAAGGAAAGCGUAGGAGAAGGAGACGAAAAAGGAGAAAAAGGAGGCGAAGGGUCAGAAGAGGGCGUGGUAGUGGAAGAGGCGGUGGAGGGAAAUGUGGAGGGAGAUGUAGAGGGUGGUGAAGUGGAGGAGGGUUGUGAGGAAGCCGAGGUAAUGGUGGAGGAGGAGUGUGUGGAGAGGGAAUGCAGCGUGGAGGGUUCGAGCCCCCCUCCCGAACAUGCCUGCGGCUCUUCCAACCACGACUCCCUCGACGUGGAGAAGCUGGGUAAGCUUACAUUGCCGCAACCCAGAGGCAGCCACCCUCGCUUGUGUUGCCCCACCCACCAGCCUCCCACCAUGUAUUGUAGUACUAUUGCUCCUUCUCCUGCUCCUGCAGCUGCUGCCGAUGCCUAUAUAACGAGGUCAAGACAUGGUCGUAUGGUAUCUUUAGAAGUUAGAAAUUCUGGGGGUGUUGUUCAGAAUGGACAUUUUCCACUCACAGUUCUCACUGCAGAUAUACAACAUACAUUUAUAUCUCCACCACGAUACCAUCCGUCCAGCAGGCUUUACACAGUUAAGGUUUCUUGGCCGACGGCAUAUCGCCUAAGUGUCCUCAGCGGCGUCCCUGUCGAGGAGCGAGGCUUGCAAGUGCCAGUGCCGGCAGGGCAGCGAGGACAAGGUCAUUGCAGAGUGAGUGUGUGCAACAUGCCAGCGGCCAACGCACCGCAGGAGGCGUUGCGCUGGAGGUGCUGCAAGAGGGAGAGUGAACUGGACUUGCCCCUUGUAUGUUGUGUUACAAAGAGGAUCGUGGACGGACCUGCAUCUCCACCUACACGGGCGGUCGAGCUUGACUGCCUAGGCUUUCCUCAUACUUGUCUUUGUGGACCCGAGGCGCAUGGUCCUCAGUCAGUCAAAGAUCUGCUGACGUCACGCACAAGACACUAUGGCAGCCUGAGCGACUCUGCGGCUGGCCUACUCACCGUGGAGGGCAAGGAGCGCAGGAGAGCGACUAAUGGGAAACAAAGUCAAAACUUGGGCCUAUCCAAGAAAUCAUCCUCGACUUCCAAGCUAUCAGACACGGGUCGAAAGCGGAAAUUGGGCUUUCGGAAAAAGUCAAAGAGCACAAUUACCGUACAUCGAAGUGAGGAGAUUCUUCCCACGGGGUCGCGGCACCUGAUGAGGCAGAGCUCCAGCCAGAGUAGCGAGGAGGCGGAGGGGGAAGACAGGUGUGGGGAAGGGGCUUUGUGGUCCCUCAUGGGGGGCUCCAGUCGCGUACCAUCUAUGCGCCUGGGAACAGAUGGUCAGCUGAGCGAGUUCAUCGAAGGCCUUGGUCCGGGCCAGCUGGUAGGGCGCCAGGUGUUGGCCGCUCCUGCUCUUGGAGACAUCCAGCUGUCUAUGUGUGACCGUAAGAACAAGCUUGAGGUGGAGGUCAUCAGGGCGAGGGGCCUCCAGUGCAAAACAGGGGCCCGAAUCUUACCUGCGCCCUACGUGAAGGUAUACUUGGUGGACGGGAAGAAGUGCGUGGCCAAAGCCAAGACGGCGACGGCGAGGAGGACUCUCGACCCACUGUACCAACAGCAGCUCAUCUUCCACGAGAGGUACCAAGGCUGUGUUCUGCAGGUGACGGUGUGGGGCGACUACGGGCGCAUGGAGGGCCGUAAGGUGUUCAUGGGCCUGGCGCAGAUCAUGCUGGACGACCUGGACCUCUCCAACAUCGUCAUCGGAUGGUACAAGCUCUUCGGCACCUCCUCGCUGGUGUCGCUGCCGGCGCUCACCCGUCGCGGCUCCAUGGCCAGCCUGGACAGCUUCGGGUAGUGGUAGAGCGAUGGCCCUCGAGGCCUGGGUCACGCUGCGCCAGCCCUUCCCAUGGGAUCAAGCACUUCCGUGCCUGCCACACAGUCACAACAUAAGACCUCCAUGUACUAGUGCAGAACAUUCAACGAUAUUUGCAACCUGCAAUAUUGCUAUCAAGCAGAAUGUGAAGCUUUUCAUUGGGUGCUCUCUUUUGUCUCGGUUUCAAGACUUGAUCUGACACUAACUGCUUGUGUUGCAAAUUUGCAGUAUUGCAUUAAGAUAAGAGGCUCAAAGACAUCAUCGACUUGCCUAAGUGGAGACGAUGGUAGUCGUCAUGACGCGGUACUCGGGGCAUUAAGUGCCCCAUAAGUUCCCCUGCUGGGGCAUCGUGGGGCUCGUUUCUCCACAUCAGUCCCCAGCGGCCACACGGGUAGUAGGCCAUGCUGGGGCCACGCUGGGGCCACACUGGGGCUACAAAUAUGCCCCCACUCCAGCAUCAGGCUGCACACAUAACACCUCCCUCGUGCACCUCACACUUCCGGACUUCCCGUUAAUGUGGACUCUCGUCACUUGUUUGCCUUGAGAGCAGUUUUUUACAUGCCACAAUAUCAGUACGUAUAACACCUUCUCGGCCUGCUCUGUCUCGCUUUAGUAGACAGGCUGGCCAGCGUCACAAUGCUUGUGAUUUUGACUAAGUGCUUUAAAUAAUAUUACAGAAUAGUUUUAAUCAUGUGUGGAAGUUUGCUCCAUAGAGUACCCUACCCUUUCUAGUUUCCAAUACUAAGAUGACCUAUCGUAGUCCAACACUAUGGCUCGUGUCUUCUCCACCCACCCCCUUCUCCCUUCAUUUCCAUACUCCUUCCUUCCUCAUAACACCACUCUCCUCUUUCUCCCAGACAUGUCUUACAUGUCCUUCAUGACAUCCCUUUUCCCUCUUUCCCCUCACACACCUUGACAUGUCAUACUCUGCCUGGUUAAGUAAAUAUAAAGUUCUCCAUGAAUAAUUUACCUGGAUAAUUUCAGACCUUACCUGAGCAGUACAUAUUACCUGUCACCAUGUAUAAUUACCCUAAGAUUCUAUAUAGUCUUCCUCGGGACUUUUAUCUCCCCUUGGUACUACUGGCCCGGUGUUCCUCACCUUCACAGUGUAAUACUGGCCUUCCUCUGGCAUUUUUUAGGUUGACUUGGCAAUCCUGACCUUCACCGAGCAGUUCUGACCAUAGCCCGGUAUCCCUGGACCUUUAUUCAGCACUCUUCACUUUAGCCUAGUUCUCCUGAACAUAACCCGGCAUGUGUUGACCUUAAUCUAGCAAUUGUAACUAUAACUGAUGCUCCUUAACUUUACCCUAUUAUCUUGACCUUAUCUCAGUAUUCCUUGACCUUAACCCUAAAUACUGCUAACCUUACCUAGCAUCUCUGUCUCUAACUACAACAGUCACCUUUUUGAGAUACUCCAUGGAACGUUAUAUCUGCCCACAGGAAGGGUUGAAGUUCAUGCUGACCACUCCCACCUUCGUCACUUCUGAUUUCGUUGCCUCCUUCCAUAUCUUUACUGAUUAUCCCUUCCUUCAGUCUUUCCGUUUUCACUUGAUUCCCCCAGGUUCCCUGUUCCUUACGUAACACUGCUCUGUCACCUCGUGUUAUGAUUUCUAUUGUACUCGUCUGGCUUCCUCCUUGUUCUUGAGCUUUUUUGCUGUUAUCUUCAUCCUUGAUUCUCCUCUCUUCUGAUCAACUGUGCCCUCUUCCUUCCCUUCCAUCCCUCUAGAAGUAGGCCUAAUCUUUGAUGGACAGUUGGACUUGGAAUCAUGCCCAGGCUGUCUACAACCUAUUGUAUAACACAGAAUAUACUUAACGAAUUCCUAGAAUUAUACUCGAGAAAAGAAUACCCCUCCCCAGUGCGUCAUGUGGUCGGACUUUGUAUGAUGAUACAUGGGAAUAUGAUCUGGUCCCCCCCCCCCCCUAAAUAUUUUCAUGUUGAAUGCUUUGCUGAGGAUUAUUUCGUAAGUGAGCAUAAGAUACGAAGCAGUUCCCAUUGGCAAUGCCUUUGUCCACGGAUGUGUUCCCCUCCGUAGGGGUGGAUUAGAUGACGCCCGCCUCUACCAUAUCGAAAUAUAUGAAGGGUUGACUAUAUGUUAAGAGUUUUUACUUAUCGUUAUUGAUUGAAAUUUCUAUGUGAAUGUUAAGGAAUGCAGCAAAUGUAUAGUUUUUAUUAUAAGUGUUUGCAGACUGAGAGGUUUUCGAGAGGAACGUGAGUGAGGGAUUUAUCCCCUCCCCUCCCCUGGAAUGCUUAACACUCCAUCCUCCUUUACCAA